AUGGACCGCCUGCAUCAAGAACUGGCAACGCUGCCCGGGCUAGCGCACCUUUCGGCUUCACAGCUGCGCGAUAUGCCAUGGAGAGUCAAGGAGAUGGUGUUUGUAGCACUCUUUCGAGAGCAAGUGUCUUCAAGUACAGUAGCGGACGAACUGUAUAUCAAGAACAGAGAUCGUAAAUUGGAGCGUAAGGCGGACAAGCUGCUCGACGACGUGUGUGUGUGA